UGGCCGUCAUCAGGGAGGGAAGCCAGGGCGGUUGAGACAGACAGAGAGCUAGCGUCAGUUCAGCGGGGUUGCGUCUGCUGACAGAUGAUAACACCAUUCAUUAAUGAUGUGACGAUUCCAUUCCGUUAAUUUCCUUAUCCCAGGAGAGUCAUCCAGACUAAUCAUCCAGAACUGUAUUGGAAGAGGAAUCGGUCUGUUUGCAUUGACCGUCACUUCCAGCAGCUUGCAUACACGCUGUUGCUCUGAGUCUAGGUAUCGAGGCUUAUCUCACACUGGCAGUGCUGAAAGGAUUAGUGUCUGGGGGCCAGGGGACGCACUUGCCAUCCUCGGUCUGGGCCUGUGUCAGGACGGGGGACGCCCCUGUCAACCAGCGCCGCGCCUCCUCACGGAGCAUGGUGAGAGGCAGGGGCUGCCAUGGAGCUGCAAGAUAAAAAGCAGGAGGAAGGAGCAACUCCACUGGGACUCUCCACAGCACAGGCUCUGGAGACCCUCCGGGACCAGCUCUCCAGCCUGCUGGAGCAACACCAGAAGCUCAGCCAGCGCAGAUCCACUAUACAGGAGCUGUGGGCUAAGAGCUUCCUUCACCAAGAGGACCGCCAUUCAUGUUUUCAUUGGCCUGGAGCUGCCCUCACGUUGCUCGUAGUGGUUGGUUUGCUCUGUUGCCAUGGCAGUCAGCCAUCAGGCAGUCAAGGCAUCGAACUGGUGAAUGCAGGAGCCCUCUUCCUCCUGCUGCUGCUCAACCUCCUCCUAGUUGGACGUCAGCAGAGACUGAAGAGGAGUGAGAUGGUGCGGCGGCUGAAGUCCAUCAUUUCAGAACUGAAUGCUUAUUUGGAAGGAAGCAGAGGACAGCCAAUCAGAUGGGCCCCUUCUCGAUACCCUGACCUGUACACACCUUCCUCUCCAUCCUGGUCCCUGCACUGGACAUAUCGUGAUGAGCAGCUGGUUAAUCUACCUGUCAGUCUGUUGGUGGAGGGUGAUAUCAUUGCUCUGAGACCAGGCCAAGAGGCAUUCGCCUCGCUCAGAGGCAUUAAGGAUGAUGAACACAUUGUGCUGGAGCCUGGAGACCUGUUUCCACCCUUCUCACCUCCUCCCUCCCCUCGUGGGAAUGAUAGGAGGGGCCCUCACAGCCCCCAGCAGUUCCGCCUCUUCAGGGUGGUCCACACCCCUAUACUUGACAAUGUCAGGAAUAGUCUUGAUCUCGCUCUGUCUCGGCCGGUCACAGCUCUUGAUAAUGAACGGUUCACAGUGCAGUCUAUCAUAGCUAAGUUUGCUUGCCCAGCAGUGCUGGUGGCAUUUUUUACUGUGAAUACAAUUCGCUACUUUUUUGACACUCCCAGUCUCACUCCAGCUCAGUUCAACUUCCUUCAGCUGCAGAUGAUGGGAGUGCUACCUAUCCUACCUCUGCUAUUUCCAGUCAUGUGGGUCCUGGUCAUCGCUUAUGGAGAGGCACGUGUGUUAGCCGAAUCCAGCCGCAACUCUCCAACAGGCUUGCUGGCUAAGUUCUCUGAGGACACUCUAAGCAGCUACACGGAAGUGGUGUCCUCCCAGGAGAUGCUGCGCUGUGUGUGGAGACACCUGCAAGGUGUUCUGAAAGGAGAGUCUCGGACACUGUGUUGCACCUCCAGUCUCCUGCACAAUCUAGGUUCAGUGACGGUGCUGUGCUGUGUGGAUAAGCAGGGUCUACUGUCCUGGCCCAACCCCAGCCCAGAGACUGUGCUCUUCUUCAGCGGGCGCGUCGAGCAGCCCCGCGACAGCCAGGAUGACCUGAGAGAUGACCUGUCCAUCAACUCUUUCUGUCGUCUGGAAGGAGAGGAGGACCGCGAUGAGGUUCUGGAAGUGGAAGCUCUCCUCAGUGUUCCUGCCUUUGAACCCUCACUACAUCAAACCAAUGAGCCAGAUCCCAGUGAGAUGUCACAUGACACAGUCCGCGACAUACAUCGUACACGUCGGGGCCCCCAGAGUACACGUUCCAAGCACCCGUCCGGUUCCAAUGUCAGCUUUAGCCAUGAUACGGAGGGGGGUGAAGAGGAAAGCACUCAGCUCUGCGGUAUUGAUGGUCUGUGUGAAGCUGAGGACUUUGUUUGUGACUAUCACUUGGAGAUGCUGAGUCUGUCUCAGGACCAGCAGAACCCUGUGAGUAUCCAGUUUGAUGACUCCGGUUGGCAGGGCCACCUAUCCUCACUGAAGCCGCUGGGCCUCAACAUCAUGCUGAACCUAUGCAAUGCUACAGUCACCCAACAGCUGUGCCGCUUCUCAGACCACCUGUCCAACCUGGCCCUGCAGGAGAGCCAUGGCGCUGUGCUACCUGUGCAUGUGCCCUGGGGUCUCUGCGAGCUCUCCAGGCUCAUAGGUUUUACUCCUGGAGCGAGAGAACUCUUCAAGCAGGAGAACCACCUGGCCCUGUACCAGCUGCCUUGUGGAGAAAAGGCCAGAGAGUCGGCUCCACGUCGCCCGCACCACUUCACCAAACGCCAGCCACCCAUCAGCCACCUGAUCAGCCUUCUAGUCCGGGACAGUACCACCAACAAUGUGCAGAUGCUCUCCCACGGCUCGGCUGACCUCAUCUUAGAGGCCUGCACAGACUUCUGGGACGGCACAGACAUCUACCCACUCUCUGGCUCUGACAGGAAGAAGGUUCUGGAUUUCUACCAGCGUGCCUGUUUAUCAGGCUACUGCUCUGCCUUUGCCUAUAAGCCCAUGCAGGUGGUGCUGUCCAACCAACUAAAUGGGAAAUGUGUGGAGCUGGCCCCAGGCCCUACACUCUUCUCUGGAGUGGAUCUGCCCAGCACCACGCCCAUCAAACACAGCAGCCGCCGCAACAGCUGGAGUUCGGACGAGGGCAUUGGAGAGGUCUUGGAGAAGGAGGACUGUGUUCAGGCCCUGAGUGGGCAAAUCUUCAUGGGCAUGGUGUCAUCACAGUUUCAGGCACGUCUAGAUACAGUGCGGCUCAUUGAGAACCUGGUGGGAGCGUGCAUUCGCUUCGUCUACUUCUCCAGAGAAGACGAGCUACGCAGUAAGGUGUUUGCAGAGAAAAUGGGUUUGGAAACGGGUUGGAACUGUCAUAUCUCUCUUACCCCUAAUGGAGAUGGCCAUGGUGAUGGAGCUCCAUCCAGUCCCAGCCAGGCUGGCUCUGUACAUGAUGACCUACUGCAGGAUUCUCGAGAUGAUGCUGAGGGCCCUUUACUUCCUGAAGAUGAAGGCCAGUCAGAUCUUGCCAGCUUUCAGCCCACAGACAGUGAUGUGCCCAGCUUUCUGGAGGACUGCAACAGAGCCAAGCUGCCUCGUGGUAUUCACCAGGUCCGCCCUCACCUGAAGAACAUUGACAAUGUGCCUCUGCUAGUGCCCCUUUUCACAGACUGCACACCUGAAACCAUGUGCGAGAUGAUGAAAAUUAUGCAGGAGAAUAGAGAGGUGACGUGUUGUUUAGGGAGCUCGGCUAACUUCCGCAAUAGCUGCCUAUUUCUGCAAAGUAACCUCAGUAUCUCUCUGGACCCUCUGUACCCAUCACGGUGCUCGUGGGAGACGUUUGGUUACGCAGCUGGCUGUGGGGUGGGUGAGGAGCGGGAGGAGCUUUCCCCGCUGAGCCUCAGCGCUCGCCUUAACAGCCUCGGCUGCUCCGUCUCCUUCCACCAUGGCGAGAGCGUCAGCAUGGUUAAACUCAUAGAGCAGGCCAGGCACACCACUUCUGGGAUUCGCAAGUGCUUCCUUUUCCUGCUGCAGUGCCAGCUCACCUUGGUCAUCAUUCAGUUCUUGGCCUGUCUUACUCAGCUUCCCCCUCCAAUGAACAUAACAGACAUUCUGUGGCUUUCCUGUUUCUGUUACCCACUGCUGAGUGUGUCCUUACUGGGGAAGCCUCCAGACAGCUCUGUGAUGACAGUUCCCACUGGAAAAAAUCUGGAUGCCAUUCCACGGAAGACUCAGCAGUACUUUCUGGGCUGGUUCUUGCUCAAGUUUGGUCUGACAAUGUGUGCCUACCUGCUGGGCUUCGGCUUCUCUCUGCAGGAAGUGUGUGCUAGAGCUCUUAACGUCAGCAGAGCUGCUAACAUCAGCAGAGCUGAUGGCAGUGCCAUUAACUGCUCCAACAUCUUCACUCCUAGCUCAUAUGAAGAUGCUCCAAAGUGGUUUGAUGAGUUAUCUAAUGGUCUGCUGCUGGUCCAGAAAGUCAUGGCAGGCUUCUUGGCUCUGCAUACUGUGGUGAUCUCUCUCAGCUAUGUGCACCGUUCUCAGCCAUUGUGGAGGAAGAACCCCUUCAGCAACACAUGGUGGUGUCUCACUGUGCCUGUUGUGUUGCUGGGUCAGGUGGUGCAGGCUACAGUAGAUUAUCAGCUAUGGCAGGACAGAAGGCUGGUGUUUACUUUGAGUGAUGUGCCCAAGGUGGUCUGGCUGCUGGUGUCACUGUCCACUAUGUUGGUGGUGCUGAUUAAUGAGGCUGUCAAGCUACAUGAGAUCAGGGUACGUGUGCGUUACCAGAAACGACAGAAGCUGCAGUUUGAGACUAAGCUGGGAAUGAACUCUCCUUUCUGAGCUGCUAGAACAUGGGACUGUUGUGAUAUAAGCUCAUGGUUCCCACUGAUGACCAGCAGUGGAGGGAGGGGUCACUUUCCUCCACAGUCUUCAGAAGAGUGCUCAGUGCCUGACUCCAACACUGACCCUCCUCGAAGCCGCCAAAAUACUGAGGACAGCAUCUGUCCACUGUGAUUUCCCACAAUAGCAUUUAAUUUAAGAUUUUCUUCAUAUUUUCUUUUUCUAUUUAGCUUCACCGUUUAUUUGCAUUUGAACAAGGGAAAACCGUAACUGAGUGGGAAGGGAGAGGGUCAUGAAGUUCACAAGAGUCAUCCACAAGACGGUAAAAUGAUUAAGAUUGUUCCUGCACCAUUAUCAUACAUCCUUCUAAUCACUUUACCUACUAAAGCAAGAUAGUAUUUCACAUUGAGAUCUAGAUUACAUCAUUGUGGUAGCAGUGCUGGAUCUCUUGCUGGGCGAUGUUAUUCAGAGUUGGAAUUUAGUCUGGUUAACACCUGGUUAGUCAAGCAGUUUUUUUACAGUUAAUUUCCUAUUUACUGUCUUGCUUGCAUCACUAAACACUGAGGAGCCUUUUGUAGCACGCAUCUAAAAGAUUUGAAUGUGAAAGCAUAUUUGUAUGUCCUUCAAAAUACCUCACGUCCAGUGUUUGCAGGGGAAACAUUUUUGCACUCACAGAAAGGAAUGACGUUCCGUUACAGACUUCCUGGUGAGAGGAACAUAUGGGAAUUAAAUUAUUUUUAAAAACUAAAUUAAAUAGGCCGUCAAAGAGGUUGUAGAUACUGAAUGCCUAGAACAACUAAAACUGUUCUU